CACCAGCUGAAUGCAGAAAUACGGAUAGUGGUUGCCAUCUGGAACAAGUGCUGUGUACACGAUCUCAUUUAGUCCUUAAAAUAACCAGCCCUGUGAAGUUGCCAUUGUUGCCCACUCCUUACAGGUGAAGAAACUUGAGGCUCAGAAGUUAGGUGACAUGGCUAGUCAGUUUGUUGGAUCUAAACUUUGAAAUCAAGGGUGCAAAAAUGCAGAGCAAUAAAACCUUUAACUUGGAGAAGCAAAACCAUACUCCAAGGAAGCAUCAUCAGCAUCACCACCAGCAGCACCACCAGCAGCAACAGCAGCAGCCGCCACCGCCACCGAUACCUGCAAAUGGGCAACAGGCCAGCAGCCAGAAUGAAGGCUUGACUAUCGACCUGAAGAAUUUUAGGAAACCAGGAGAGAAGACCUUCACUCAACGUAGCCGGCUCUUUGUGGGCAAUCUUCCUCCUGACAUCACUGAGGAGGAGAUGAGGAAACUAUUUGAGAAAUAUGGGAAGGCAGGCGAAGUCUUCAUUCAUAAGGAUAAGGGCUUUGGCUUUAUCCGCUUGGAAACACGAACCCUAGCGGAGAUUGCCAAAGUAGAACUGGACAACAUGCCACUCCGUGGAAAGCAGCUGCGUGUGCGCUUUGCCUGCCAUAGUGCAUCCCUUACAGUCCGAAACCUUCCUCAGUAUGUUUCCAAUGAACUGCUGGAGGAAGCCUUUUCGGUGUUUGGCCAGGUGGAAAGGGCUGUGGUCAUCGUGGAUGAUCGAGGAAGGCCCUCAGGAAAAGGCAUUGUUGAAUUCUCAGGGAAGCCAGCUGCUCGGAAAGCUCUGGACAGGUGCAGUGAAGGCUCCUUCCUGCUAACCACAUUUCCCCGGCCUGUGACUGUGGAGCCCAUGGACCAGUUGGAUGAUGAAGAGGGACUUCCAGAGAAGCUGGUUAUAAAGAACCAGCAAUUUCACAAGGAGCGAGAGCAGCCACCCAGAUUUGCACAGCCUGGCUCCUUUGAGUAUGAGUAUGCCAUGCGCUGGAAGGCACUCAUUGAGAUGGAGAAGCAGCAGCAGGACCAAGUGGAUCGCAACAUCAAGGAGGCUCGUGAGAAGCUGGAGAUGGAGAUGGAGGCUGCUCGCCAUGAGCACCAGGUGAUGCUGAUGAGACAGGACUUGAUGAGGCGCCAGGAAGAACUUCGGAGGAUGGAGGAGCUGCACAACCAAGAAGUGCAAAAACGAAAGCAGCUGGAGCUCAGGCAGGAGGAGGAGCGUAGGCGCCGUGAGGAAGAGAUGCGACGGCAACAGGAAGAAAUGAUGCGGCGACAGCAGGAAGGAUUCAAGGGAACAUUCCCUGAUGCGAGAGAACAGGAGAUACGGAUGGGCCAGAUGGCUAUGGGAGGUGCUAUGGGAAUAAACAACAGAGGCGCCAUGCCCCCUGCUCCAGUGCCAGCUGGUACCCCAGCUCCUCCAGGACCUGCCACUAUGAUGCCAGAUGGAACCUUGGGAUUGACCCCACCAACAACUGAACGCUUUGGCCAAGCUGCUACAAUGGAAGGAAUUGGGGCAAUUGGUGGAACCCCUCCUGCAUUCAACCGUGCAGCUCCUGGAGCUGAAUUUGCUCCAAACAAACGUCGCCGAUACUAAUAAAAAUUUCAAUGUCUAGUUUCUCAAAAA